GGCUGCCCUUUGGAUUUCCGCCCGCGUCGGAAACGCUGAGGAGGCCGUUAGAGGAGCGCGGUUUCCAGAGCGACGCCGGUUGCCGAUAUGUCUCUUGAAGAAGGUUCCUUGAUGGCAGACGAAGAGAAGCCCGUGGAGCCUGUCCUGACCUUCACCGUUAGUGAGUACUCGGUGAAACAGAUGGUGGAGGAGAAAGAGCGGAGGAAGGCGGAGGAGGCGGUGGGGGCUGAUGGCUUCUCUGACGACUUCAGCUCUGGGGACGACGACGACGACAUAGACCCACAACUCCUGGGGCUUUCAGAUGACGAAGGGACAUGUCGUACUAUCCGCAAGCAGUACCGGCAGCUCAUCUACAGCGUCCAGCAGAACCGCGAGGACAUAGUGAACACCGCGAGCGACUCGUUAACCGAGGCGCUUGAAGAAGCCAACGUCCUGUUUGAUGGAGUGAGCCGAACAAGAGAAGCGGCCCUCGACGCCCAGUUUCUUGUUUUGGCUUCUGAUUUGGGUAAAGAAAAAGCAAAGCAGUUAAACGCUGAUAUGAGCUAUUUUAAUCAAGUAUCAUUUUGUGACUUUCUGUUUAUAUUUGUGGGUCUGAAUUGGAUGGAAGACGAUGAGCGUGAUGAGUUGAGUGGUUGUGAUGAUAAUGUAGCUCUUUCCUUCUGGGAGACAAUACAUAAAGAAGCAACAUCUUGGCUGUCACAAGCAGAAACAUUCCACUUUAUUUUUGGCUCAUUCAAGCCAGAACCUUCUGCUCGAAAACCCCGACAACAUCAGAAGAAAGGUCUCCAAAUGGAAGAAAAUAGGGAUAUGCCUACAAAGCUGAGGAGAUUAGACCUAAAUAGUAAUCACGAAACAACAGAAGUAGAAGUAGAAAGAAUUUUGGGAUUGUUGCAAACCUACUUUCAGAAGUAUCCUGAUACUCCUGUGUCCUAUUUUGAAUUUGUGAUUGAUCCGAACUCUUUUUCUCGUACUGUGGAGAACAUAUUUUAUGUUUCUUUCAUAAUAAGAGAUGGCUUUGCAAGAAUAAGGCUUGACCAAGACAGGCUGCCAAUAUUAGAGCCAACUAAUACUAACCAGAUUGGUGAGGGAAGUGAUCCUAGUUCCCACGGCAGGAAACAAGGAGUUAUAUCUUUGAGUUUACAGGACUGGAAAAAUAUUGUGGCGACUUUCGAAAUUUCGGAGGCCAUGAUCACAAAUUAAUACUAAACAUUUCUUAGUAUGGGAUCCUUUUUGUGGUUUUUCUGAAGUAUCCCAAAAUGGAGAGUAAAAUCUAAACAGAAGCACAUAAUGUAUCUCUUGUAAAGUGAAAAAGUAUUUUCAAAAAGUCAGAAAUUGUUUUACUGUGAGUGUAUUUUUCUUGGUAACUUAGAAGAUCACAGUCUUAUUAAAAAAAAUUUCACUGA